AUGUCAAAAAAAACAUUCAUUAUCACGGGUGCUUACGGAACGAUUGGCUCGGCGAUAGCGAAUAUAUUAGCCAAAAAUCAUGAUCAUCAAGUGAUUUGUGUCGGCCGAGAUAAGAUACAACUUGAUAAUGUGAUUAAAAGUAUUAAGGGAUCAACAAAUAAUGAAGCGGUGAGAGGAUAUGCCGUUGAUUUGUCAAUGAAAGAUAAUAUUUAUGAAUUUGCAAAAGAAAUAAAUGAGCCCAUCGAUGUUUUGAUCAAUAACCAUGCUACAGCUCCAAACCAACGUCAAGAAACAUCGAAUGGAAUCGAACUACAAUGGGCAACCAAUGUGCUCGGUUAUUGUUGGAUGAUGGAUGCAUUUCAUGAACAUUUAAAAAAAGCGAAACAUCCUAGAAUUGUGAACGUAGCUAGCUACUGGGCUGGUGAUCUUGAUUUAAACGAUUUAGAAUUCAAACAACGAAAAUAUAAUAAUAAUACAGCAUAUCGGCAAGCAAAACAAGCGAAUCGAAUGUUAACCAGUGCUUAUGCACAACAUUUUAAAGAUAUAUUAGUUAAUGUAGUUCAUCCAGGAGAUGCAUCAUCAAAACUGAGUAAUUCUAUGGGAUUUGGCGGACAUGAAACACCAGAGCAAAGCGCAAAAACUCCUGUAUAUCUAGCAACAUCAGAAGAAGUCAACAAUAUCACUGGAAAAUAUUUCGAAAAUUGUCGACAAAAAACAUGUCCAUUUAUGAAUGAGACUGAAAAUGUUCAAAAAUUGUAUGAAAUUUGCAAAAGAUAUUGA